CAGGAACAAAAUGCUGAGAUAACAGCAGGACGGCGCUCUAUAACAGGUGUGUUAUGUCAAUGAAAAAAUUGGCAAUCCUAUCGUCACAGAAUGAAGGAAAACUAAACGGGACAGAUAUGCACCCCACACCUGGGUCACCUCCCGCUCCGGUGCAAGGGGUCAACGUGAUGUUGGGAGGGGCCAUGUUAAGCGGUAUAAUCUUAGUCGUUUUUAUUAUGUGCUAUUGUUGUCAUAAGACAAACAGAAAAUCCCAGUCCCAUCUUCCCACCUACUGGAGGGACCCCGGAUUAUCCUUGGAGAUUUACACUGUAGAAUCAGGACAAAAUUGGUUGGUCGCCGAGGACUUCGCUCUGACAGAGAUGCACCGACCACCGACCCCUGGGCCACCUCCAGCCUAUGACGUAGUAGUGCCGAUUACAAAAGAAGAUCUCGACUUGGAGAAAACGGACGAAUCUGGACUUCCUACGUACGAAAGUGCGGUCCAAUUGAGUAACGGAUACGUGUAAAAAUAAUAACUAU